AUGUCAAUAGUUCAUGUACCUAAUACGAGGGAUUACUGGGGAGAAGAUACUGGUACUCAUCUGAUCAAGACAACAAUGACAGUGAAUCAGUAUGAGCAAAUACAUAAGUUUCUUCACUUCAAUGACAACAGUGCAAUGAUACCCAGGGGUGAAAAAGGUCAUGAUAGACUCUUCAAGAUAAGACCCAUAAUAGAAUUGAUGAGAUCUCGGUUUCAAACAAUACAUGUUGAGGAGUGUGUUUCUGUUGAUGAACGGAUAUGUUCAACAAAGGCUAGAAGUUAUUUGAAACAAUACAUGCCAAACAAGCCUCAUAAAUAUGGAUACAAAUUAUUUGUUAUUAGUGGCAUAUCUGGUUAUGCCUACGAUUUUGAGAUUUUCACUGGAGAUGAAAAUGAACCAGAAAAAAGAGUGACUGGGGAGGAAGACUUGGGAGCAAGUGCAAAUGUUGUAGUUCGACUCAGUAGGAUACUACCAAGAAAUAUGAACCUCAAACUGUACUGUGACAAUUAUUACACAAGUCUGCCACUGCUUGUAUGGUUACAUAAACAAGGAAUUUACUCACUUGGGACAGUCAGAAGAAACAGAGUGCCAGACUGCAAGCUCCCUUCAGAAGCUGAGCUGAAGAAAAUGGCCCGAGGUGCAUCAGUAGAGCGCGUCACAACAGUGGAUGGUGUCGACAUAUCAAAUGUAGUGUGGAAAGAUAACAAGAGUGUAAUGUUGCUUUCUACACUUGCUGGACAGCAGCCUAUUCAUGAAGCAGGGAGGUAUGACAAAAAAGCAAAGUCAAGAAUAACAAUACCUUGUCCACAAAUAAUUAACCUCUACAAUAAACAUAUGGGAGGUGUUGACCUUGACAGCAUAAUGGGUCGACAUAAAAUUCUUGUGAAAAGUCGAAAAUGGUAUAUAAGAUUGUUUUACCAUCUCCUGGACAUGGGAGUAGUCAAUUCCUGGCUGUUGUAUAGGAGAGUAGCAGAAACCAAAGGGAUUAGGAGAACUAUGAAACUCUCCGAAUUUCGAAUGGAAAUUGCUCACUGUUUGUGUCGCUCAGGUCAAACUUCAGCAAAACGUGGAAGGCCAAGUAAUGAACUCGAAAACCAAAUACAAGCUAAGAAGACAAAGGGGCCCACAGCACAUGCACCUCCACAAGAUGUAAGGCUGGAUCAAGUAGGUCACCCGCCUUCGUACUUGCAAGUAGGGCCAAUUAAUGAACAAGACAAGAUGAGCACUCAAAAUGAUGGGCUAAGUCUUGCAUAUAACAACCUCAACAUAGCAAUGAGUGCACCUAACAGAGUUUUUCAGUGUUGCUUAACAUAA